UCAAUCUCUUAGUCGCCUCGUCACUUCCUCCACGGCGCUCCGACCUCCACCUCCUCCUCCUCCUCCUCCUCCUCCUCUUCCUCCUCCUCUCCACCUCUAUCAUUGCUUCUGCCCCUACUACCUCCAUUCACUGGGGAAAUAAUGGACACUUCUCCGGAAAGUACGAUCAACACCUCACUGCGGAAAGAGGAGGAAAUGGACGAAGAUGGUGUGCACAGGGAGGCUGAGGGCGACGGAGGCACGGCCAUUUCGACGAUGAAGAAGCUUUGGGCUGCCACCACCUACGAGCCGCUGUUGCUGCUGCAUUCCAUUAUCCACUUCGGCACUGUUGCCAUGACAGAGUCCCUGAUAGCAGAAAAGAGCUGUCUGGUGACCCUCAGCAAACCAGAAGAUAUCUGCAAAGAACUUUAUAAUCAUCCAGAUGAUGAAAUUGAGGUGCAACAAGUUGCGUCGAGAUAUCAGGGUUCUGCUACACUGGCUGAGAACCUGGUCGCAAUGUUUCUGCUUCUCUACAUCGGCCCCUUCUCUGACAGGUACGGUCGGAAGCCCUUCCUUUACCUGAGUCUGGUGACGAAAACGUUGAACAUUCUUACCCUAUUCUUCGCCUCCGUGUUCAUUUACUCUCCUACCGAACUCACUGUCGUGGCGCCGUUCCUCUACUCCCUCGGAGGAGCGAUGGGCUCCUUCCAGAUGCUCGUCUUCGCCUGCAUCUCCGACGUCACCGCGGAGGCCAACCGCACCUACAGGCUGGGAAUCCUCAAGAUCUUCAUGGCCUUCGGGUCGCCCACGGGCAGGGUGGUCGGCGGCCAGAUGUAUGCGGUGGGUGGGUAUGUAGCAGUGUACGGGCUGGCGCUGGGACUCCUGGCUAUCUGCCUCCUCAUGCUCGUCUUCACUGCGGAAUCUGUGAAAUUCAGUGAUAAUGAAGAGAGGCCCAAGUUCAAAGUCUCGUGGCUGGUCGAGGUCCCCGCGGAGCUCCUCACCGCCGUCCACCGCAAGGAGGGACCGCGAAGGGGCAUCGUCUACGCGAUCCUCUUCUCUCACAUCUGCAUCUUCUUCGCUAUGAAUCCCCUGUACUUCCUAUUCUUCAAGUUGAUGUUCGACUGGGAUGCGACGGACUAUUCUAACUGGCUGUUCUACAGGGACAUGACCAAAGGCCAUUGGUAG